UGAGUACUAAAGAAAAUGUCUUCCUACACUUACCAAAGUGAGUGCCCAAUAAAGACAAGAGCUCACCUGCCCCUACUAUCACCUCCCUUCCCAGCCAAGAUCCUCUCUACCUACCACCCCAGGUCUCAAGAGGAGGGCGGUUCCGGGCCUCACGUGACAUUGCGGCCACGUGACCCCGGCCCCGCGGGAGCGGACCUGCGAGGUCCAGUUCCGCGAGUCGGAGGGGGGCUGGGCACGCCCUACCCCGAGGCCGCCGCGACCAUGCUGUCCCGCCUGCUUAAAGAACACCAGGCCAAGCAGAAUGAGCGCAAAGAGCUUCAGGAGAAGAGAAGGCGAGAGGCCAUCACUGCAGCGACCUGCCUGACAGAAGCUUUGGUCGAUCACCUCAAUGUAGGUGUGGCCCAGGCCUACAUGAACCAGAGGAAGCUUGACCAUGAGGUGAAGACCCUGCAGGUCCAGGCAGCCCAGUUUGCCAAGCAGACAGGCCAGUGGAUCGGGAUGGUGGAGAACUUCAACCAGGCUCUCAAGGAAAUUGGGGAUGUGGAGAACUGGGCUCGGAGCAUCGAGCUGGACAUGCGCACCAUUGCCACCGCGCUGGAGUACGUCUACAAAGGGCAGCUGCAGUCGGCCCCCUCCUAGCCCCGCCUGCUGUCCCUGCCCCAAUCUCCCACCUGCCCCGGGUGGGCAGGAGGGAGGCUGACAGCCCAUGAAUAAAACACAAGCCUCCAUUUCUCCA